UAUAAUUAAUGUUACGAUCCAUUUAAUAAGGAUUCUCAAAUUUGGCUAAAGCCAAUCCUCUGAAAAAUGGAUUCAGAUUUGAGAAUUAAAAUCUCACUUGGACAUUUGGAGAAUUUGAUGUAAAGGUUAAUUGUAUUUUGAGACCCAUUCAAGUGCAUUUGCAUAUGGAUUAAUAGAGCAAGGUUGGAAACAAGGGGAUAAAUUAUUGUUCUUAUUGGGCAGAUCGAACACUAGUGAAGCAGCUGCUGCUUUUGUGGGAGCUGCAAAAGCUGGAGUUACAGUAAUACCAUUCAGAUCUAAUGAUCAAAAUGAGAUUGAAAAUACUAUUGGAGUUAUUAAUCCUAAAGGGAUUGUUUUUUCUCCAAAUCAAUUGAUAGGCGAGACUAAAUUUAUUGAAGUACUUAAAAAUCUAGUGCCAGAGACUUCAUAAAGUAAUAAAUUCGAUUUAUUAAUUUUUAAGCUUAAUCUGGUUAGAUUCUAAAAAGUAGCAAAUUUAGCAAUCUUAAAUGGUUAAUUCAUACUGGAUUCUAUUCUUACCCAGGCACUUAUAAAUUCAGAGUAUAAAAAUAAUGAAUAAUUAGGAAUCUCUAGUUUAUGCUUCAAGAAAUUUUAAUAGGCUUUCACUUCCAUCAAGCACUGGUCCAAUUGCAGCUGCGAUCAAGAAUGGACAAUUAUAGAGUUAUUCUUAUUAAGACUUGGUGAAAUUGAGUGAAAAGGUAUCUGGAUCACAACAUGUUAUCAUAUCUGGAGAUCCUUAAACUGUUACAAAUUUCUCUAUUGGUAUAAAGUAUUGAUUUAUAAAAAUAGUUGUUGGAGGAUUGGAGAGAGGAUAUAAUACAGUGUUUACAGGUGGUGAUAAUCUUAAUAAAGUAUAAAAGAUCCUGUAAUAUUAUGGAAAUUACAGUCUUGUUGUUGAUGAUUCGGUGUUAGGAGAACAUUAAGUUAAAAUUUUUUAAUUUAUUAUAGAAAUUAGAUGUCAACAAUCUAUAAAAUUUGUUCACUACAGGUGAUGUCAGCAAAGCUUAAAAUAUAUUCCAAAAAUAAGCAGUUUAAUUAUGAAAUCAUAAAAUCAUUAAAAAUAAUUAUUAUUAAC